UUCCCACAGAAAAGGGAGCCACAGGUCUGAGUAACCUGGGAAACACAUGCUUCAUGAACUCAAGCAUCCAGUGUGUUAGUAACACACAGGCACUGACACAGUAUUUUAUCUCAGGGAGACAUCUUUAUGAACUCAACAGGACAAAUCCCAUUGGUAUGAAGGGACAUAUGGCUAAAUGCUAUGGUGAUUUAGUACAGGAACUUUGGAGUGGAACUCAGAAGAAUGUUGCCCCAUUAAAGCUUCGGUGGACCAUAGCAAAAUAUGCUCCCAGGUUUAAUGGGUUUCAACAACAGGACUCCCAAGAACUUCUGGCUUUUCUCUUGGAUGGUCUUCAUGAAGAUCUCAACCGAGUCCAUGAGAAGCCAUAUGUAGAACUGAAGGACAGUGAUGGCCGACCAGACUGGGAAGUAGCUGCAGAGGCCUGGGACAACCAUCUGAGAAGAAACAGAUCAAUUGUUGUGGAUUUGUUCCAUGGGCAACUAAGGUCCCAAGUCAAAUGCAAGACAUGUGGGCAUAUAAGUGUCCGAUUUGACCCCUUCAAUUUUUUGUCUUUGCCACUACCAAUGGACAGCUAUAUGCACUUAGAAAUAACAGUUAUUAAGUUGGAUGGUACUACCCCUGUACGAUAUGGACUAAGACUGAAUAUGGAUGAAAAGUACACAGGUUUAAAAAAACAGCUGAGUGAUCUCUGUGGACUUAAAUCAGAACAAAUCCUUCUUGCAGAAGUACAUGGUUCCAACAUAAAGAACUUCCCUCAGGAUAACCAAAAAGUACGACUCUCAGUGAGUGGAUUCUUGUGUGCAUUUGAAAUUCCAAUCCCUGCCUCUCCAGUUUCAACUUCUAGUCCUAUCCAGACAGAUUUCUCCUCUUCCCCAUCUGCAAAUGGGUUCACCCUGACUACUAAUGGGGAUCUGCCCCGACCAAUGUUUAUACCCAAUGGAAUGCCAAACACUGUUGUGCCAUGUGGAACUGAGAAGAACUUCACAAAUGGAAUGGUGAAUGGUCAUAUACCAUCUCUUCCUGACAGCCCCUUUACAGGCUACAUCAUUGCAGUCCACCGAAAAAUGAUGAGGUCAGAACUGUAUUUCCUGUCAUCUCAGAAGAAUCGCCCCAGCCUCUUUGGAAUGCCACUGAUUGUUCCAUGUACUGUGCAUACCCGGAAGAAAGACUUAUAUGAUGCGGUUUGGAUUCAAGUAUCUCGAUUAGCCAGCCCACUCCCACCUCAGGAAGCUAGUAACCAUGCUCAAGAUUGUGAUGACAGUAUGGGUUAUCAAUAUCCAUUCACUCUUCGAGUUGUACAGAAAGAUGGGAAUUCCUGUGCUUGGUGUCCAUGGUAUAGAUUUUGCAGAGGCUGUAAAAUUGAUUGUGGGGAAGACAGAGCUUUCAUUGGAAAUGCCUAUGUUGCUGUGGAUUGGGACCCCACAGCCCUUCACCUCCGCUAUCAAACGUCACAGGAACGGGUUGUAGAUGAGCACGAGAGCGUGGAGCAGAGUCGGCGAGCACAAGCUGAGCCCAUCAACCUGGACAGCUGUCUCCGUGCUUUCACCAGUGAAGAGGAGCUAGGGGAAAAUGAGAUGUACUACUGUUCCAAGUGUAAGACCCACUGCUUGGCAACCAAGAAGUUGGAUCUCUGGAGGCUUCCCCCGAUCCUGAUUAUUCAUCUUAAACGAUUUCAAUUUGUAAAUGGUCGAUGGAUAAAAUCACAGAAAAUUGUUAAAUUUCCUCGUGAAAAUUUUGACCCUAGUGCUUUUUUGGUACCAAGAGACCCCGCUCUCUGCCUGCAUAAACCACUCACACCCGCAGGAGAUGACCUCUCUGAGCCAAGGGUUCCAGCAGGAGAAGCGAAGAAAGUGGAUGCCCAGAGCUCAGCAGGGGAAGAGGAAGUGCUCCUGAGCAAGAGUCCAUCCUCACUCAGUACAAACAUCAUCAGUAGCCCAAAAGCUGUCCAGUACAGGGAUCAAACCCUGGGCCUUGGAGUUAUCAGCACAUUGUGGAAAUCUUGAUAGAUAACAUCAACAUAAACAA